ACUGCUUAGCCAUCGCGUAAGCGACAGUAAGCGCAGUAUAAUCAUAGUAGUAUCCGAAUUGUGCCGGAAUCAUCGUUAAAAUGGAUGUCACUUUGUUGAUAUUUGCCGCCUCAGUGAUUAUUGUAUUAAUUAUCAUAUGUACUGCAUUUUUACAACGCCGAUUCAGUACCCAGAAAAACCAAACUAAUACUCAAGAUGCAAUAGCACAUGUUCGACCAAUAAGAAGAGCAACUGGUGUUAGAAAUGUUAGACAUCGUAUGCAGGGAAAUGCUCAUCAAUCCCAUGAGGAAAAUAACAGAGAAAUAGAUGAAAGUAACGAAGAUAUGGAUGAUAAAGUUGAAUUACCAGAUCAUAAAAUAGGAACGAAAAAACGAGCAAAGCUAGCGGCUAAAGCAGAGAAGAAGCUCCAGAGAGAAGCUGCAGAACGAGAUAGAGAAGAACGUAAAAAACGAGAAGAGCUUUUACAAAAAGAAAAGGAUAAGCAGACCGAGAGAGAACAUGCGGAGCAAUUGCGUGCAGAAGAAGCUGAGAAAAAAGUCAGAGAAGAAAAGGAAAAGAGAGAGUACGAAGAAUAUUUAAAGAUGAAAGAAGCUUUUAACAUUGAAGAAGAAGGUUAUGAGCAGGAAAACAAAGAAUACGAAGAGGAUUUAUUACAAAAAUUUCUUGCAUAUAUAAAGGAAAAUAAAGUGUUGGUUUUAGAAGACCUAGCUGCACAUUUUGGUUUGAAGACAGCUAGCGUAAUAGAAAGAAUUCAAGAAUUAAAAGCCGAUGGUAAUUUAACCGGAGUAAUUGAUGAUAGAGGUAAAUUUAUUUACAUCUCAGAAGAUGAACUUUAUACUAUUGCUACAUUUGUACAACAACGUGGUAGAAUAAGUAUCACAGAAUUAGCUGAAAAUUCGAAUAACUUAAUUAAUUUGACACCUCUGAAAAGCUGUACUGUUUCAGUUAGUUAGUUAAACAUCAUGCUAGAUUUUUAUUGUAUAUAUUUUAUUGGUUUGUUAUAACUUUUUUAAAUAAAUCACAUUCUGUUCUAAUAA